AUGGGCAUCCUCUCAGGCCUCAUCCGCUUCAUUCGCAUCGGCCCGCCUCCAAUCCGGCCCAAGCAGCCCGCCCAGCCUCAGCAGCCUCAGCAGCACCGGCCUCAGUCUACCGCCGCACAAGACACCCGCCCCGCCGCCCGCAAAAGCCCUCACAACCCCCUCGUCGACCUCCCUCUCGACGAGUUUCUCCGCUUCGAGGGGGACGUCGCGUGGAAACGGUUGUUGGCGAAUGUCAAUCCUCAAGGGACGAGCAAGGGAUGUGUGGUCGCGAGUCCGAGUAAGGCGUUGCCGGAUUACUGGUACGAAUGGACUCGCGACAGCGCCGUCGUCGAACGCACGAUCGUGCACCGCUUCAUCCGCGAACGCCGAGCAGAAGACUGGACGCGCCUGACGGAUUACAUCGAAGCGAGUCGAAUCAUGCAGCACAAGCAGACUGUUCUCGGUGGGUUCGAGGAUGGCGGGUUGGGGGAAGUCAAGUAUCAUGUCGAUCACGAGCCGUUCACGGGGGACUGGGGUCGUCCGCAGGCAGACGGCCCAGGAUCGAGGAUUGUCACGCUUGCGACGUUGGCGAUCUACCUCUUCGAGCAGGGGAAGCAGGAGGAAGUCGAGUUCGUGAAGAGGGCGCUGUAUCCUGGGAGGUCGGAGGAGGGGAUCGAGUGGACGGGCGUCAUCAAGGGCGACCUCGAGUACGUCGCGACGCACUGGAAGAUCAAGGGCUUUGACCUCUGGGAAGAAGUAAGCGGCCGCCACUUCUACACCCUCCUCACCCUCCGAACCUCCCUCCUCCUCGGCGCGCAUCUCGCAACCCUCCUCUCCGACCCUUCCGCCGCUGCACGCUACACCUCCUCUGCCGAUCAGAUCACUCCCUUCCUCGCGCGGUUCUGGGACGCAGAGAGAGGUGUAAUUGUGGUUACGGUCGAUCAUGGCAAGGAGCUGGGAGCGGUGGGAGCGUAUGCGGGAACGGCGGAUGGAGCUGAUGUGGGUAAGCAGGUGAAGAAGGAGUCUCACGCUGCCACCGAGCAAGAGGACGAGGCAGACACGAACGACUACGACGAGACGCACGGCAAGGUCUCCGGACUCGACACCGCCGCCGUCCUCGCAGUCCUCCACGCAGGCCGUGGGACAUCCUGGGCUCGCCUCUCAACGCCGGGAUGCGUCGACCCCUCUACCGUCUUUGAGAACGGCGAGAAAGUGCUCGCGACGCUCGCCAAGAUCGUUGAGGCGUUCAAGGGGCUGUAUCCGCUCAAUGAGGGGAGGAAGAAGGGCGAGGCGGUUGCGUUGGGGAGGUAUCCGGAGGACAAGUACGACGGUGUCGGUCUUUCGAUCGCGCAUCCGUGGUACCUCUGCACCGCCGCCGCCGCCGAGUUCCUGUACCUCCUUGUCGAGGACCUCGCCUCCCUCUCGACCUCUGCCUCCUCUUCCUCAUCCGCCUCCUUCCUCCACCUCUCCCCUCUCCUCCACUCAUCACUCACCUCCCUCAUUCCUUCGCUCUCCCCGCACCUCCCCCCUCCCGGCUCGUCCCUCCUCUCCACUCACCCCUCCUUCCCACUCCUCCUCCGCUCCCUCUACACCCUCGCCGACUCGUUCCUCUCCAUCGUCCAAUCCUACGUCGGCCACUCCGGCUCUCUUUCAGAACAAUUCGAGCGUACAGGCGUACCCCAGCGAUCAGAGUGGCACGAGAACGGACAGUUGGAAGACUCGAAGCGCAACCCCGAGACGGGCGAGGAAGUCGAGGCGAUCGGGCGCGGGGCGAGGGAUUUGACGUGGAGUUAUGCGGCGUUUGUGACGGCUGUCGAGGAGAGGGAUGUGGCGAGGAAGGCGCUUGAGAGGGUGCUGGGAGCUGGAUUUGAGCGGGAGGAGGGGGCGAUCAAGGGCAAGGGGCGCGAGUAG